AUGCUCGACUCUAAACCUCACCCACCCUCCCAGAGGCGAGCAGCUCUUUCACAGGCACAGGCGCAGACGGACUGACUGGCUGGAGCUGGAGCGGAUUGUUGUAGUUAACGGACACACUGCACAAUGCGUGAAUACAAGUUAGUAGUCCUUGGAUCAGGAGGUGUCGGCAAGUCUGCGCUGACUGUUCAAUUUGUCCAAGGGAUCUUUGUGGAAAAGUAUGACCCCACAAUAGAAGACUCAUACAGAAAGCAAGUGGAGGUGGAUGGACAGCAGUGUAUGUUGGAAAUUCUGGAUACUGCCGGAACGGAACAAUUCACAGCCAUGAGGGACCUGUACAUGAAGAACGGCCAGGGCUUUGCACUAGUAUACUCCAUAACAGCACAGUCCACCUUCAACGACCUGCAGGACUUGAGAGAACAGAUUCUGCGGGUCAAAGACACCGAUGAUGUGCCGAUGAUCCUGGUGGGUAAUAAGUGUGAUCUGGAAGACGAGAGGGUGGUCGGGAAAGAACAGGGCCAGAAUCUCGCCCGCCAGUGGAACAGCUGUGCUUUCCUGGAGUCCUCUGCAAAGUCCAAGAUUAACGUCAACGAGAUCUUCUAUGACCUGGUUCGGCAAAUCAACAGGAAAACUCCAGUACCUGGGAAGGCACGCAAAAAGUCCACCUGCCAACUGCUCUAAUAUACAGCUGUUCUUUUGCUCUGAGCCAGGUCUGAUUUACUGCUGUGUCUUUCAGCAGUGCCAGCAUUCCGACGUUACUAAAACCUAACAACGAAUGGACUUUCCUAUGUGGUGAUGCCCCUUUAACAAACCAACCAACCAACCAACCAACCAACAACCAACCAAUGGAAUCAAGGCUACAGUACCAUGACAGUUUUUUGCACAUAGAUAACCAUCAUCACUUUCCAAUGUCGCGAGAAAGAGAUUUUUACAUAUAAAUAUAUAAAUAUAUAUUCUAACUGUAUGCAACUGAAUAAAAAAAUUAAAUGAGUAAAUGAAUACAGAGCUAGACAAAAAGAAUUAAAAAAAAAUACAGAGCCUACACGCAGUGUUAUCGCUAACGGAGACAGCCACCGUUGUAAAUGUAAGGAGGGAAUGUCUAACCAGGCUGUGCACGUUGCCAUGGCAAUUACAAUGAUAUUUAUAAGCACCACUAUUUUAGCCAGAGAGGAGAGGAAGUCCAAAGAGCUCCUAUAUACAGUAAACCAUUCUUACAGCUAACUUUCACUCCUUGAUUUGGUUUUGUUUUUUAAUUUGUUUGUAACUGUUGUUUUUUUGCUUUUAUUCUAAACAUGAAUUCUUUAUCAUCUGCCUUCUUUCUCUUUUAUAAAAUUACUAGAUUUUUUGCUCUAUGGAGAUAUUAUAUUCGCAACAGCUAUUGAGUUUUACCUUAGGAAAAAACCUGUGGAUACAGUGAUGUACAUGUAAAAAGUUCAAAAAAUAUAAUUUUUUCUGUCACUAUCAUUGUCCUUAGCCUCAGAUGUUGCCUUCAAAUAUGUAUUAAGUCUUUUUUUUCUUCUUUAUUUCCCAUGAAGAUUCCCUCUAAACUUAAUUUCCGUGAUCGUAGGUCCAUCUCAUUGGCCAAUGCCGGCUUUCUUUGUUUUGUUUACAAAGAACUUUGUACAGCAGGCUUUUUUUUUUCUUCUUUUUUUAAGGGGGUAUUCAAAUAAAGGGUUUGAAAAUUUCGUUUUUAGUACCACCCAUAUGUGUCAGAAACUCAUCUUUUGGGUGGUUUCAUAAUAAAUAGUCAAAUCCCUCUUGACAAAGCUGAUCCUGAUCAAAUGUAGGACAUGUACACGGUAUAUAUUUGAAAGAAUUGGGGGUUUUAAUACACAGGAACAACAAACUGUCACUCUCGAUACUCAAACUUGGCCCCCUUCCCCUUGCUUGCUGAUGCAUCUGGUGUAAACCGAGGAAAUGAAAACCAAAUAUUGGAUCCUGUCAGUAAAGAGUGAGGAAAAGAUGUCUGUUAGUGACUGUUUCAACUUUGUAAUAAUUUGUCCGUUUUCUGUCUUGGAUUAACUGAAUGUGGGGGAUGUGGGAACUUUGUGUUAAGCGAGAGAAAAAAUGGGAAUAAUUGAUUAAAAAAAUUGAAAAGAA